AUGUCUCUCUCGACUACAAACACUGUCUCACCAGAAGAUGACAUUAACAGGUGCGAGGAGACCAUCAGGAAAGGGAUGACGAUGGGAAGGAGUAUAAAAGGAUCGGGUGGGUACAUUUUGAUCUCAUCAGAUCCACUUUUUGGUCUACUUUUUCUACAGUUGUCUAAAACAAAAAUGUCCCAAGCGAAUCGAGUCCGUUUGUUUCAUUCAAGAACUCAUGCUUUUGAGGUUCUAAAAGGCAUUGACGUCUCAGGAAAAACAUUUGCAAUCACAGGAACAACAUCUGGAAUUGGAAUAAACACAGCCGAAGUUCUGGCCUUAGCAGGAGCACAUGUCGUUUUGAUGAACAGGAACCUGCACGAGUCGGAAAAUCAGAAGAAGAGAAUUUUGGAGAAGAAGCCGAGUGCGAAAGUCGAUAUUAUUUUCUGUGACCUCAGUGACUUGAAGACAGUACGCAAAGCGGGAGAGGAUUAUUUGGCUAAAAAUUGGCCAAUCCACGGACUAAUCCUGAAUGCCGGAGUAUUCCGCCCAGCAGCUGCAAAAACCAAAGAUGGAUUCGAAUCCCAUUAUGGUGUCAAUGUAGUUGCUCAUUUUACACUUCUUCGCAUCCUUCUCCCGGUUGUUCGUCGCUCCGCUCCAUCCAGAGUAGUCUUCCUCUCCUCAACUUUGAGUUCCAAACACGGUUUCAAAAAAUCUAUGGGGAUUUCUGAAAAGAUGAGUAUUCUCCAAGGAGAAGAUUCGUCGGCGUCCACACUUCAGAUGUACGGAGCUUCAAAGAUGGCAGAUAUGUUGAUUGCAUUCAAAUUGCACAGAGAUGAGUAUAAAAAUGGAAUUAGCACAUAUUCCGUGCACCCUGGAAGUGGAGUCAGAACUGAUAUUUUCAGAAACUCCCUACUUGGAAAAUUCAUCGGAUUCGUCACCACACCAUUCACAAAGAACGCUAGUCAAGGAGCAGCAACUACAGUAUACUGUGCUACUCACCCAGAAGUUGAAAAAAUCUCUGGAAAAUAUUGGGAGUCUUGCUGGGAUAACGAUAAAAUUGAUAAGAAGACAGCUAGAGAUGAGGAGUUACAGGAAGCGUUGUGGAAGAAAUUGGAGCAAAUUGAUGAUCGAAUCAAUGGAUCAAUUGAUACCUUCUGAUUUUGUUUGUAAAGUUAUGUGUAUGAAAAAUCCAAAAUUGAUUUCAAGUUUUCACCUGUCUGUGAAUAAAGUUUUUAAAGGU